UUUUCCUUUUGACCGGCUGUUCAAAGGUAAUAAAUAGUUGGCUUCGUGAUGCAAACGCCUUGCUAGACUAUGAGCGAUAUCGCGGAGCUUUUAAGCGAAACUGAGGAUCUAUUUAGGAAAGUUCUUGAAAGUAAGGGUAUUCUUGUUGCAUCGUGGGAGGAAAAAACAGUUUGCUGAAAUGGAUUUGAGCUCAUGGAACAUGUUCUGGCUCCUGUGUUUUGGAUUGUUGGCGAUACUGAUCGUCUUUGGAAAUACUCUAACCAUCUGGAUAUUCCUGAAGCAGAAACAACGCAAACGAACUUCUUUUCUUCUAAUCAGCUUGUCUGUUGCUGAUUUACUUGUGGGAUUGUUGACCAUCCCUCUCUUUAUAGCAGCAUAUGAAGCAUCUUUGAUAACUGUAGACACGGUAUUCCUCCGUGUUGACGUUUUCACAGCGUUAGCUUCCAUCUACACCCUUAGCGUCAUUUCCGUGGAGAGGAUGUUUGCCGUCGCUUGGCCUCAUCGUCAUAGAACUUUGAAACUUCGUGCUUACAUCUGUGCUAUUGCCACACCGUGGAUCAUGGCAACAAUAAUCACUGUUUUACUUUUUACUCUUAACAGUGUAAGGGGCCUUCUUAUUUUUUGUCCUGCCGUGCCUCUUAUAGUUAUGUGUCUUGCAUAUUAUGUCAUCUGGAAGAUACAGAGAUCAUCGAUGGGUAACCGGAAUCAGUCAAGGGAGGCUAGGUUAGCAAAGACUUUAUUUUUGAUAACGGGAGCUUCGAUUUUGACUUGGCUUCCAUUUCAAAUUCUUAAUAUAGUGCUACAAUUUGGCGUUACAGCAAAUUUUUCCUACUCGACAUUGUCAAUCCUACUCGUUAGGGUCUUACAAUUUAGCAAUUCUCUCGUGAACGUGAUAAUUUAUCCGUUUAGAGUCCCAGGAUUUAGGAAUACCCUUUGGCGGAUGCUCCGCUGCCGUCAAAGGUUCGACGAUCCGGCCCUAACGCCAGCUGGGUCAGGGUCUGUUGUGUCCCUGAAGAGACGAAAGAGUUCCAAUUUUUUACCAGCGAACCCUAAUCAGGAAAUUGCAUUGUAA